AUGGCUCGUGCGAAGCCGGCGAAGCGCUGCUCCAGGACUCCUUCGCUUCUGGUUUUGCCCAUCAUCUUCCUCCUCAUCGGCCUCCAGGAUAUUCAUGGAGGAGCCGGUGCCGAGGAGUUGAGUCUGGGCUCAGAAUUCUAUCGUCAGUUCGUGGAUCUUGAUGCUGAUCAAAGCAUGGUUGCCGCUCGAGCCGUCAACAGUUCUGUCAACGGCGCCUGCCUUCGGGAUAACCUGGCCCCCUCGGUUGACCUCACCAUUGGCGGCGCCUCCUCGGGGCCGCGAACGCUCAACCAGUACGACUGCCUGGUCUACGGCUUCACAGUCCAACUUGACGACCUGGGCGAAGACGACAUCGUCUUCACCAUCACCUCCCCGUCCUCGCCCACGCCGCGCUACACCACCUGGCGAUUUUACCGCGAGGAGAUCACCCUCGCACGCAACGACAACACCUUUGAUCUCACCAGUGAGGGCUUGAGCUUUUUGAUGCCCAACUGCAUGGCCAAGCUCACCAGGAGGUGGAUCUUCACGCUUACCUCGACCGAGACCUACACCGUGAACCUGGCCACUGCCUACGCGGCACCUGCGGAUGAGAUCGAGCUGGACGGGAUCUCAGACUUUGUGGGCACGUGGACGACCACCAAUGCCUGGCAGGUCUUCAAGUUCAACAGCGACAGCGUGCUGGCCACCCAGAGCGCGACUCUGAACUUUGCAUCGAGUACGUCGGAGAUGACCAUCUACACCCGGAUAGGCGCAUGCCCCACCAUGCACUACACCUACCGAUACUCGGUCGUCAAGCCAGACACUACUGAAGGACAGAAGAGGUUGGCGGUGAGCAACACGGACAGCGUGGUGUACAUGGCUGUGGCGCCUCUGGCCGAAGGGUACUCGGGCACCGGCGACAUCACCCUCGGCUACACUCUGGGUGUACUGGCCCACGGUGGGCAACGACAGCCAGGCCCACGUGCGCACGCGAGACGACAUUGCUGUAUUUCUGAGGACAUCAAAAUGCUGUGGCUGCGGCUCAGGUUCUACGAUGACACCGUGUUGGCCUACCCGAAGGUCAAUUCCGACUGCCUGAGGGUCUUCAAGGACUUCAUCUGCCUCACCACGGAGAGCAAGAAGGGGAUUCCGUUAUGUCAGGACUGGUGCGACAUGGUCUACAGCUCGUGCCCCGCCCGAUUCGUGAGCCAGGUGCUCCAGGCCGAGCUGCGGGAUUGGUGCCUGAGGCCCGGCGCCGAGAUCCGAAACACCGAGGCCCAAAGCAAGAUCAAGCCACCCAUCAACUGCUUCCACACGCCCAUCCCAGACCCCAUCGACAUCUGGGAUUUUACGGAGAGGCCUAUGCGCAACCCGUUGAUGUGGACGCUGGCCGGGUUCGGCGCCUACAUGGCGGCGGCGCUGUGUCUGGCGCUGGCCGCCGUGGCCGUCUUCCUCCACAUGGAGCGCAAGCGACGGAAGCAGAAGCGCCUCACGACCGCCCUUCAGCAGCUUGGCCUCGCGCUCGACUGA